AAAUAGAAUUGAGUGACGUACAUAUCGUGCGAUCGAGGAUCGAGCCGUGACGUCAAUAAGAAGCGACGGUGAGCAGGCCUACGAAAUCAAUACACACCAAAAAAAAAAUAUACUACGCGAGGGGGGGGAAAUAAGGUUUAUUGUUUUUCAUUUUGGUUAAAUAAUCCGUUUUGAUUAAACGCGAUGCCGAAAGUAAAGAGGAGCAGGAAACCACCUCCCGAUGGCUGGGAGUUGAUUGAACCGACUUUGGACGAAUUAGACCAAAAAAUGAGAGAAGCCGAGACGGAGCCUCACGAGGGAAAGCGGAAGGUGGAGUCCCUGUGGCCGAUAUUCAGACUGCAUCAUCAGAGGAGCAGAUAUAUCUUCGACUUGUUCUACAAGAGGAAGGCCAUCAGCAGAGAGCUGUAUGACUACUGUAUAAAGGAGAGUUAUGCUGAUAAGAAUCUGAUCGCUAAGUGGAAGAAACAGGGAUACGAGAACCUGUGCUGUCUUCGAUGCAUCCAGACACGGGACACCAACUUUGGGACCAACUGCAUCUGCAGAGUCCCCAAGAGCAAGCUGGAGGUGGGGAGGAUUAUAGAGUGUACCCACUGUGGUUGCCGAGGCUGCUCCGGCUGAAUCGUCAGGAUCGCCUGGCUCUUCUGCUGUGGAUCGUCUAGUCAGGUCUGGAUCGCCUGGCUGUUCUGCUGUGGAUCGUCUAGUCUGGCCUGGCUGUUUUGCUCUGGAUCGUCUAGUCUGGCCUGGCUGUUUUUCUCUGGAUCGUCUAGUCUGGCCUGGCUGUUUUGCUGUGGAUCGUCAGUUAUUUUCUACGGGACAUCAGGGCUCGUCUACUCCACCUGUGUGCUUCAUGACCCUGGAGCGUCUAAUCUCAAAUACACCCCUACUCUCUGGCCCCCUACUCUCUGGCCCCCUACUCUCUGGCCCCCUACUCUCUGGCCCCCUACUCUCUGGCCCCCUAGUCUCUGGCCCCCCUAGUC